CAUCGAGUCGUCUGGCAAGACUGCGGGCAUCGAGUCGUCUGGCAAGACUGCGGGCACCGAGUCGUCUGGCAAGACUGCGGGCACCGAGUCACCAGGCUGAGUAGAGGCUUCAGGCUGAGUAGAGGCUUCAGGCUGAGUAGAGGCUUCAGGCUGAGUAGAGGCAUCAGGCUGAAGAGAGGCAUCAGGCUGAACCACGGAAGGCAGGUUCUCGGACGGCAGGCUGACCGGUUUGGAUACUGGCAGGAUGGUACUGGUUGGAAAGAAUUUUCGCUUUUUUCUGUUUUUAACUACUGGUGCACUGCAAGUAAACGCAGGUCUGCAAAUGAAUGGAGCAGCUGGAGACAGAGAAGAGCUGGAGGAUGGAACAGGGGAAGGAACAGUCGCUACAGAGGGCUUCUUUACAGGGUUAAAGGCAGGAUAGGUGCAGCGAGUGGGAACAGGGUACUGACAUGCGGUAGAUAGCCAAGUAUACUGGGC